AUGUUAUCUACUAAUGCAACCUCCCUCGUCUUCUCUUGCCGUGCUUGCGCCGGAGACCUCUCCCAUGGUCCCACCUCCUUCCCUCGCAUCUUCCAGUCCAUCUCACUUCCCGCCACUUCCGCCGUCGCCGGUGGCCUCAAAAUCGGUCAACCUCACGACGGGGUAGCACCAGUCGUCGAGGGCGGCGGCGCCGCUGCUAGACGCGCCGGCGGGAAUGAGGGGAUGAGGGUGAAAGCGAAGGAGAGGAAAUGGUCGCGGAAUAGAGAAGGCUACAUGGUUGAUAAUGGUGAGCCCCUUCCACUUCCAAUGGGUUAUCCUGAUUCGUCUCCUGUUUCGCCGGAAGAAAUUGAUGAGCGUCUGAAAUGUGACCCUGAAUUGGAGGAUUGUAAAGAAGUGGUUUAUGAAUGGACUGGGAAGUGUCGGAGCUGCCAAGGAUCUGGAUAUGUAAGCUACUAUAACAAAAGAGGGAAAGAGGUUACUUGCAAAUGCAUUCCUUGUAUGGGAAUUGGAUACGUGCAGAAGAUAACAGCUCGCAAAGAUAUCGAUUUAAUGGAGGAUUUAGAUAAUGGAAAACCGUCUUGA